AUGCCAUCAACACGGCUAACCCUAACCCUAAACACAAACCGCACAACCAAAUGCCCCCUCCUCAUCCCCUCAGACCUCCUCCUCCCCACCUCCUCACUCACCCCCCUCCGCAACCUAGUCCUCAAGACCGCGACCUCAAAACUGCGUCUCAAGAAACCAACCCGGAUCUUCGACGUCCUCACUGGAAAAGAGCUCCUCACCUUCGAAGACUGGACGACCGCGCUCCGGGACCCAGACAACACGCUCGCCAUCUCCGCCGGCGAAGACUUCGUCGGCGUGCCGAGAAAGGACGCCCGGGAUCGACACCCAGACGCGAAUCCCGAAUGUCCCGUGCAUGUGCUCGUUGAGGACGCGCCAGUGGAUCAGUUGGCGUUGACGCAGCUGCGGACGACGGCUACGACUUUGCCUGGGAUGGUGGCCGCGACGGGCCAGCCCGAUCUGUGUCCCGGGACGAAGUAUCCCGUCGGGGCGGUGUUUGCGUCGAGGGGUUGGGUGCAUCCGCCGCUGAUUGGGGGGGAUAUUGGGUGCGGGAUGGCGUGGUAUAGGACGGGGUUGUCGAGAGGGCAGGUUGAUGGGGAGAAGGGGAGGAAGGUUGCGGAGAGGUUGAGGGGGGUGGAGGGGAGUUGGAGGGGAAGGGAGGAGAGGAGUGCUUGGUUGAGGGAUGGGGAGGGAAGUUGUGAGGCUGGUGGGGAGUGGGAUGCUUCAGUUGGAACUAUUGGAGCGGGAAAUCACUUUGCGGAGAUUCAGGUCGUGGAGAAGGGGGUAGAAGGGACGGGCAUGGUGGAGAAUGAGGUUGUGUUGCUUGUUCAUUCGGGAUCGAGAGGCUAUGGAGGGAGUAUACUGAAGAGGUAUACUGCUGAGGGAAGGGAGAGCUUGAAGGAGGGAAGUGAGAAGAUGGUUGUGUACAUGGAGGAGCAUCACAGGGCAUUACGGUGGGCUAAGGCGAAUCGAGAUCUCAUUGCACUGAGGUUUCUAUCUUGCCUUGAGCCCGGAGAAGAGGCAUGGCUGCUUGGACGCAACACGCAAACCGACGACGCCACAACUGAUAUCGAGACUAUUGUAAGAGCCAGGGCGAAGAUUCAAGAACGAAAGGUUGUUGAUAUCUGGCACAACAACUUGGAACGGGUAAAUUGGCCACCAUCACUUAUUGAGGAUACAGCAACCUCAAACACGGGACUGGAGGCGAAAAUAUCCGAGAUAUCUAUCACUAAGGGUGAGGCAAGGGAUGAUUACGUUUUUGUCCAUCGCAAAGGUGCGGCACCGACGUAUGACCCGGAACACAACCUCCCGCUCCCGAUACUCCCACUGCCAGGUUCGAGAGGCACGCCAACAUUGAUCAUCAAACCGACGUUCUCAGAAGAGACAGGCUGGGGACUAAAGAAUGCUCUUUCUCUCGCACACGGCUCAGGCCGCAGCAUGUCUCGCGGGAAAGCUCUGUCAUAUCUGGGCUCGAAAUACAAACAUCAGAGUGCGGCACUGCUGGAGCCGGGAGCUAAAGAAGGCACGUGGGUCAUCUGCGAUGAAAAAGAGUUAGUAUUCGAAGAGGCGCCUGAGGCUUAUAAGGACGUCUAUGCUGUGAGCAGUGACCUCGUGCGAGAGGGCGUAGCAGAGGUGGUUGGCUUGUGUAAGCCGAGGGUGAGCUACAAGGUGAGGAAUGAGGCGAGGUAA